UCCAGCAAGGAGUGACGGGUUGACCGUGUGUUCUAUAAGCAAAGUACGUGGCCGUUACGUUGAUGAAUAUACAUAUGUAUGACAUUUGGCGAAGCCUCAAAGUUGACGACCUACAGCUGUGCACAUGCGCCGACGAGUGAGCAGCAAAAGGUCUUAGGUCAUGACCGGCAGGCGAUCGCCAGGCGGUCAUCCUAAGGGCUCGGGGAGCGCGCUGGCUCCUGCUGCUGGAGCCCCAACCAGCCACGUGGGUCGAACAACGGGGCUUUAGCAGCAGCAGGCCGUUGUUGCCUACCUACCUGUGAGAACCCUAACCCAAAAGGUUAGGACCCAAGCUGCUGUCGCCCGGGCCGUACCUGCCGUACUCCCAUCAGCAGUAUCAAGGGAGGCGACGUGAGGACGUGGACGGAUCAAAUGGCGGACCGCCCCUCUUCAGCUCCUGUGGCGCUCCAAUUCCCGGCUCCCACCACCGCUGGCUUGUCCUUCGACCACCAUGCGGCUGCUGGUGCCGCCCCUCCUCCUGCUGCUGCCUCAGACGCUGCAGUAUCGGUACCAGCAGCAGCGCUGAUGGCUUUUGAGAUGCCUAUCGCAGCAGCGGCAGCAGCAGCGCCACCGCUACCGCCAGCGCACCACCACUCCGUCCCUAGACCUGCCAGCGGCACCGCCGCCGGCGCUGGCGCCAGCCAUGGCCACGGCGGUGUCGCCAACAGCAAUCGCCCCGGUGGUGGUGGUGGUGGCAGCAGCAGCAGCCGCAGCAGCGGCGGCGGACGGUAUACCGGUAGCUCCGGCGGUGGCGGCGGUGGAGGGGGCAGCGGCGGCAGGUUGGUCCUAGGCCGCACGCCUGCCGCGCGGACUCAACGUGCGCGGGGGGUGUCUUCAAGCUCGGUACCCAUCGCGCCGGCAGCAGCAGCAGCAGCAGCGAAUGCGGGGGUGCGCGGCGGUGGACCCAUGCUGAACUCCGGCCUUGCGUCCUUCAUGGCAGCUGGUGGCGGCGUUGCGGCGGCAGCGGCCCCUGCAGGAGUAGGAGGAGGGCCCUCUGCUACGCCGGUAGAGCAGCGAUCGGAGCCGCUGGGGCUGUGCGCUGUGGGGAUGUCGGUUCGGGCACCGUCCGCGCCGCAAGACGUUACCGCCGGUAACGGUGCUGGCGGUGGCAGCGGUAGUGGUAGUGGGGGUGGGGUGGCUGCCGACGGCAACGCAGCAGGUGCUGCUGCUGCUGCUGCCAGCUCAGCGGAAGCUCGUCGCCAGAAUGCCUCGCCUGGCGCACGUACUGCACGCAAGGCGGCGUUACCGCCGGAAGCAAGAGGGGGCUACCAUAUGGCUGCGGAGCCCUCGGCAUCGGCAGUGACUCCAGCAGCAGCAGCGGCGGAUGCGGAGGCCUUGGUAGCCCUAUCGGGCCGGCGGCCAGUGUCCGCAUGCAGGGGUGGGGUGUAUAAGGCGCCAUGGAGCGCACCGGCGGGGUCUGUACGACGGCGUGCCUCCGCUGACUGUGUCGCCACGCCGACAGCUGCGGCGGCUGCUGCCGCCGGCGGCGGCGGCGGUGGGAACAUGGCUGACGUCGGCAGCCCGGCUGCUGUUGGCCCCCGGGGUCGCGAUCGUAGCGGCAUUCCGCUACGUCCCGGCAGUGCGGCCAUGGCGUCGUCGCCGUCACCGGUCCGAAUAUCCGUGGGCGGCAGCGCGGAUGCAAAGCUGCAAAACAAGCGGCCGCCUUUUGGUGGCGGCGGCGGAGGCGGUGUGGCUAGGAGUGCCGGAGCCGCUGGCGGCGGCGGCGCCGCCGCGGCGACGACGAAGCCAAGCACGACCCUUAAGCGCAAGACACCGGCGACAGUGUCGUCGGGUGGGAAGGCUGCUGUUGCUAGCCGGACCUCUGACCGGACCACCGCCGCUGGCGGCGGGCGUGUCGCGAAGGCCGGUAAGUCGCCUCCCAAACGGGCCAAGGCAGCUGGCGGCGCGGGGGCUGCGGCGGCGCACCACGUUGCAGCUACAGAGCUAGCAGCGGCGGCGGGGCCGGGAGCAGCGGCGGCGGGAUCUGACAGAGCAGCAGCAGCGGCGGCGGAGCGGAGGUCCGGAACAGACCUGAGCGUGAUUCCUGAGGAGUCUGGGACGGGCUCUGGAUCCGGAUACACACCCAGAGCAGGGGAGGUAGACCCUGGGCCCCUGCAGCAGCAACAACCGCCUCCUCCUCAGCAGCAGCAGGCCCCAGGGCAGGAACAGGGGUUCGGUGAAUUGCAGCAGCCGCGAAACAGCGACGGCGGCAUGCGGGUCGAGCCCUCAGCAGCAGCAGCAGCCGCACCUGCAAGCAAGAGGCCCCAGCAGGAGGGCUCUUCUGCCUCGGCUGGCGUAUCCCGCGCAUCCAAGGUCCGCGCCAGUGCUGAUAAGGCCCGGCGGGCUGCUCCCAAGGAGCUGGAUCCCGGGGGGUUUCAAUUGGGCAGGAUCCUGGGAUCUGGAUCCUUUGCAACGGUCUACUUGGCGCGUCAGUUGGACAAUGCGGCGCGAGUGGUUGUGAAGCGGUUGGACAGGAGGCUGACAACGAGGUGGCGGUGCUCACGCGUGCCGGCUUCCAUCCCAACCUAGUGGAGUUCCGAGGCUGGUACCGCGACCCACGGGACGGCAUCAUGUGCCUGGUGAUGGGCUACUGCGGGGGAGGCACGCUGGCGCAGCUCAUUAAGAACCCACCGAGCAGCGAACUCAUAGCCCCUCCAGCAGCCGCCGGCCCCGACGCAGACGACGGAUUCACCACCUUUGGAAACCCCGUCGCCCCGCCGCCGGCGCAACAGCAGCAGCCGGCUGACGGCGGUUUCGGAGCCGCUGCGACCCUGACAGCGGCGGCGGCGCACCACCCGCGGAUAAUGUCGUACUUUCCCGAGGAUCUGGUGAUGUUUUGGUUCGUACAGCUGCUCAUGGCGCUGCACCACCUGCAUGGGCGCAAGAUCAUGCACCGAGACCUGAAGCCCGACAACAUCUUCCUUGCCGCCAACCGCCGCGUCAUCAAGCUGGGAGACCUGGGGGUGGCCAAGCAGCUGGAGGGCACCUUCGAGCUGGCAAUCACAUGCCUGGGCACGCCCUACUAUAUGAGCCCCGAGGUGCUGGCCAGCCGCCCCUACACCUACGCAUCAGACAUUUGGUCGCUGGGGUGUGUGCUGUACGAGGUAGCGGCCCGUCGGACGGCCUUUGAGGCGUUCGGUCUGCCGCAACUCAUGUUCAAGAUCCUGCGGGUGGCCUACGACCCGCUGCCCCCGCAGUUCAGCCGCCCCUUCCAGCAGCUGGUGAACUGCAUGCUGAGAGCCGACCCAGACGACCGACCCACCACACAGGACCUCCUGUCGCAGCCCUUCGUGCGGCGACACCUGGUGCACCUGCUGGAGAUGAGCGCGCCCAAGGCGGCAGCAGCAGCGGGGGCAACAGGCCGCCCCUCCAUCAUGCCCCCCAUGGUGAAGCCCAGCGAGGCCCGCACCGCCGUGAAGCGGCUGGAGCGAGCCAAUGCAGCACACCACCACCACCACCACCACCAUGCACAUGGCUCCGGAACCACUGCUAGACGCCGCCGGGUGAUUGCAGCGGCGGAGAAGGCUGCGGCCGCUGCUGCGGCGGCCGCGGUUGAGGAAGCUGGGGGCGGUGGCGGUGGGGGUGGGGGUGGAGGUGCGAAGGCGAAUAGUCCUAGCGGAGGAGGAGGAGGAGGAGGUGGAGGUUCCCAGCCGUCGUCGGCGAACCGUGCUGGCGGCAAAGCUGCACGGCAGUGGGAUAACAGCGGUUCGCGGUUCGAGGCGCGGCGGCAGCAGCAGGCGGAGAUGAGGUUCCGGGCCAGGGAGUUCGAGCAGCGAAUAACCCGGGAGCAGGUACGGCAGCAGCGGCGGGAGCGUGACCCCGCCGUACGUGCUCGUGAGGCGGAGUUGGAGCUGCUGCGGGUGGAGCUGCUGGCGCGGAGGGAGAAGCGGCAGCUGCAGGCUGCCGAGCAGCAGAUCCUGGCCGCCCACCUGGGCCCAGCGGACGCGGCCGCCGCAGCGGAGGAUGAGCUGGCGGCCUUUCGCACCCGCAACCGCUUGCAGCGCACCCAGGCAGCUCAGCAGCAGCAGCAGCCACCGCUGCUGCUGCCACUGCCUGAGCUGUCACAUGAGCUCCCGGGGCUGCUGCCUGACGAGCAGGGGCUGCUGCCGGAGGAGCAGCAGGCGUAUCAGGAGUACCUUCAGGAGCUUCAGCAGGGACGGGGGGUGGAGUUGCGGGAGCAGCUGGCAGUGGGGCGGGUGCAGCAGCUGCAGGAGGGGGGAUGGGAAGCGGAGGGAGCGCAGCUGCAGCUGCAGCCGCCGCAGCAGCCAGAGCUUGGUGGUGGGGAUGGUGCGCAUGAUGGUGGGGAGGACGUGUACGCACGGGUGGCUCAGGAAUUCUGGAACCCGGCCGUCGUCGGCGGUUACGUUGCUGUUGCUGCGGCGGCGGCGGAGGAAGAGCAGAGAGCAGCAGGGACAGCGGCCAAAGACCAGGAGGAGGAGGAUGCGGGUCAGGCAGGGGCUGGCGAUGAUGCCACCGGGGACGCCAGUUGCGCUAACGGUGAUAGUGACGUUGGUCGCAACGAGGCGGAAGAGGAGGAGCAUGAGGAGGAGAUUCCCGAGGAGCUGGACUUUGUCGCAGCAGGCAGCCACGACGAGCAGGAGGAGGAGGAGGGCGGCUCGCCGUACGACGUCGACGAAGACGACGAAGACGCGCUGUCGUACGAUGAAGACGAGGGCGAGGCGGCCGCGUUGCUGUCCCACAUGCGACGUGAGCUACGCGGCCUGGCGUUGAACCCCGCGGAGCAGGGGCAGGAGUGGGGCUCUGAGACGGCAGCACCAGCGGUGGCAGCAGCGGCAGCGGCGGCAGCGUCUGAGGAGGUUGGGCGUGAGCAUGGGGUCAUGAGCGGAGCGGGCAGCCGGGGGCCUUCGAGGAGGUCGGAGGUGAUGGCUGCGCUGGCCCCCGUGUCCGCUGCUGUGGAGGCGGCGGCGGCGUUGGCUGAGGCGACGCUGGCCAGCCUGGCUACGGUGAUUGCGGGGACGGGUGUGGAGGCGGAGGGGGAGGUGGAGCCGCAUCCGGACGCAGCAGCUGCAGAGGUUGCUGUCGGUGCUGCGGUCGGUGUAGCUGUGGAGGCAUGCGGUGAUGGCGAGGAGCAGAGGAGCGGCUGUGAGGUGCAGGUGGAAGGCGAGGGGGCACUGGCGGAGGCAGCAACAGCGGCGGCGGCGGCUGGGUCCUCGGCGGUGGAGUCCUCAGCCACAGCGGCGGAAGAGGACGAGGAGGAUGAGGAAGAGGAGUACAGCGAUGACACGGACGAUGAGGAGGAAGGGGAGGAUGGGUAUGUGGCGAGCCAGGACUGGGAGGAAGAUGAGGAGGAGGAGGGCGAAGAAAGCUCGUCUGAUGAGGAUGAAGAUGAGGACGAUGAUGACGAUGAGGAUAGUGAGGACGAGGACGAGGAGGAAGACAGCGACAGUGACGGCGACGGCGGCUUGUCUGGGUACCUUAGCGACGGCGCUGGCAGCGAACCGACUGCCGGGACCACAGCAGCAGCCGCACCUUCCGGCCGGCAGCCUGCACGCGGCAAGGUCGAGGGCUGCGGCAUGUCGGGUGCCACAGCCGACGAUGGUGACGCAGUCGGUGGUGACGCCGCUGUCGCUGACGCCGACAGCAAUGACGUCAGCAUCAGCAUCUCCGAAACCAGCCUCGGCAGCAGCGACGGCGACAACCCCCCCACCAACCCUCCUCCUCCGCCGCCUAGCACCGGUAAGCACCCGGUCAUGCCUCGCUCCGCGGCGGCGCGUCAGCGCAGCCUCCACCACGACUCCGACGACGAGCAGCAGCACCCGCCGUUCUCUCAGCACCCGCCCUCGCAGCGUUCCGCGAGAAGCGCCCGGAGGAGAAGGUGCAGCAGCAGCAGCCAGCAGCCUCUUCCUCGCUCCUCCCUGGCUCGCUCCCUGGGUGCUGCAGAGCUGGCCCGCUCCUUCCAUGACCUGCAGCAGAAGCUGGAUGAGGUGUGGCGCGGGCAGGACGAGGGGGCCAUGCGGCAGGUGCUGGGGCGCAUCUGGUCGCUCACGUUGCAGGAGGGGGAGGAGGAGGAGGAGGAAGGAGAGGCUGGUGCUGGUGGCAGCGGGGUUGCGGCUGGUGGUGAGGGGCAGGCUAGGGUAGCAGCUACAGGAGCUUCAGGAGCAGCGAGGGUUGGUGCGGGUGAGGAGGAGGGCGAGCAGCAGCUGCAUGGUGGUGGUGAGGGUGGUGGUGGUGGUGGUGGUGGUGAUGAGGUGGGAGCCGCGCUGGUGCGUGACGACAUCAGUGAGGUGCUGUCACUGGGCUCAGUGGAGCUAGGCAGCGAGGAGGUGGAGGAGGAGGAGGAGGAGGAGGCUCAGCAGCGGCCUCAGCAGCCCUCCCGCAGCCCUGCUGCGCCCGCUGUUCGUCACCUGGCGGAAGCCGCAGCAGCGGCACCCGCGGGACGUGCCCAGCACUCCCGGCAGCCCUCGGCGGGAGCUCUCGGAGGCGACUGCCUGUCCGCCUCCCCGCCGCGACCGUUGGCCUUCCACCCGCCGCCGCCCCUCGUCGUGGACUGGCCGCAACAACAGCAGCACGUGGCCGCAGCCGCAGCCGCUGUUCAGGCCAGCCCGGAUCACCUGCCACCCACCCGCCGGCAGCUUCUCCUCCAUGCCGCAGCCCCGCACCCCCUGCAUCCUCCGCCUCCGCCUCCGCCAGCGGCCUCCCACCCGCUCCCUCCCGCGAGCCCCAAGCAGCACCAGCGCCAACAGCAGGAGGCUCCUGUCCUCUCCUCCCGCCAGCACCCCCUGCCCUCCGUCCGCCCACCCGCCGACUGGGCCCCCACCAGCCACGAACCGCACCACACCCACCAGCACCGUCACCACGACAGCUCCACCUCCUCCUCACCCGAGCCGCCCCGCACGGCCUCAGGCCACCCCACCCCUCCCCGAGAGCUGGGGCCCCUGCGGAGGCCCCGGGCAAGCAGCGCAUCCAGCGGAAUCGCCUCGGUAGCAAGCGCAACCGCCGGGCUGUUGCAUGACGCGACGGAAGCGGCGCCGUCGCCAUCGCGACCGGCGCUGCCGCCGCCGCUGCGGGCGCCCAGCCCCGGACGCUGCGCAGCUACUGCUGGAGGAACCGCCGCCGGCGGCGGCGGCGGUGGUGGCAGCGGUAGCAGCAGCGGCAGCGGCCCGCCGGGCCUAGGGCGUGUGAGCGUGGGUCCGCUGGCGCCACUGCGUGCAGAGGUCUGGCCGCGGACCGCUAGCGCUAGCAGCGUUCCGGCGUCGACGUCCGGGGUAUCACCGCCCGCAGCAGCAGCAGCCUCGGGAGCAGCAGCAGCCGCGGCGGGAGCAGCAGCAGCAGCGGGAGCAGCAGCCAUGCCGCCGUCGCCGUCGGGCGCUAAGCGGCCGUCACAGGACGGCGGAGUGCAGCUGCCGCCGGUGAACCCCUCACCCGUGCCGCAGCGCUUGCGGCCGCGGGAAGGGCGUUUCCGCAGCCCUUCAUGCUCCGGAUCAGGCUCAGGCGGUGUUGCUGCCGGCCGGAGUGCUGCCCUGGCAGCGGCGUUGGCGGCAGCAGCAGCAGCGGGCUCAGCCGCCGUUGUGGAUGGAGGGUCGUCAGCGCAGCAGUGUGCAGUGCAGGAGGGGUCGGCGCAUGGAGGAGUGGGGGCCCCCAGCAGCCAUGCACAUGGGCCGAGCCAUGGGCCAUCAUUGGGGCACCACGAUUCGGCGAACGCCCUUUUGUCAUCGCCGCCGCCGCCGCCUCCACCCCACAGCCACCACAACCUCCAACAGCAGCAGCAGCAGCUACAGCAGCAUGAUUCAUCGUCAUCGCGUCAGGAGCCCGCUGCAGCACAGCCGGUUCCCGCUAGCUCCAACACCGCAACCACCAACAGCAGCAACAACAACAACAAGAACAGCAACCACCAUCAACCACUGACACGGCGCGCGUUAUCAGCCCGAGGGGCCUACAGUUCCGCCUCGCCACUCGUGCCGUCGCCACACCUGCUAGGACCCAGCAAGAGCGUCGGAUCGGGCGCGAACGGAUCGGGCGUGCCGCCGACCCAUGGGUCAUCCCCCAUGGCUGCCCACCCCGCGGCAGGCGCAAUGAAGCAGCCCAGUCCCGGUCGCGGCUCUUCCGGUUCUGUGGGCCCGGGUCCGCAUGCGGUCUACAAUGCUGAAGCAACCGCGGCUGCGGCCGUGGCUGCGGCUUCCGCGGCGGGGGAGGUCAGCGGUAACGAGUGGGAGGUAAGCCCCUUCAGCAUGCUGCGAACCGGCCGCACCGCAAGCGGUUCGCCACUGCUACCUCGCUUGCUGUCAGGCGCCUCGCAUUCCGGGCCCUCCACGCCCAAGGGCGCAACGCUUGCAGGGGGGCUGGCAGGCGGGUGCGGGUCGGGAGCGGGCGCCACACCGGCGUCGGCAGCGGGGACGCCUACGCAUACCAGUCGGCGCCGGCUGGGCAGUGCGUCCCAGUUUAGCAGCGGCAGGAGCCCAACCGCACCCUCGUAUGUUGCAGCUGCAGCUGCAGCGGCAGCUGCUGCGGCCGCCGCCGCCGCCGCCGCCUCGGGAUCUGAAGAAGGAGCCUCCAGCGUUGGCAACGGGAACGGCACUUCUGAAGACAGCAGCGAGGCCGCUGCUACCGCCGCGGCCGCUGCAGAUGCAGAGGCCGCUGCUGCUACUGAACGCAGCAGGAGCCAGAUGUGGCAUGCCGCGGUGGCGGAGGCAGUGGUGGCACUCGUCCGCAGCCGCGGCAGCCCUGCACCUGCCUCUGCGCGCGCGGAGGGGAGAGCAGCCGCCUCGCCGCCUCCCGGAGCAGCGAUGGCGGCAGCAGCGGGUGGUGGAAGCGCUGCUGCCGGCGGCAUCAGCAGCAACGCCGGCGGUGACAGCACACCCAGCGGAAGCGCCCGGGGGCCGUCCGGAGGCAGCAGCAGCAGGUGGAGUGCUCGGCCGCUGUCCGGGCAGUCGCCUGAUCGCAUGGGUGCGGCUGCAGCUGCCAUGACCGGUGCGCCUGCUGCUCGCAUGCAAUCCCGGGAUGCUGAUGCUCACCAUGCUUACCACACGCACAUCCAGCAACAGCAGCAGCAGCCACCACAGCAGCAUCAGGCAAACGGUCAGCACUCAGCAGCCGGCGCCGUUCGGCCACCGCUGCCGCCGUCUCAAGCCGCCUCGACAACCGAUCAAGGUCACCAUGAGCAUCAACAGCAGGAGCGAGUCGAAGCCACCCCAGGUAUCGGUGCUGUAACGGCUGUCGUACCAGCUGCGGGCGGAGCGGCGGCUUCUCCAGGAGCCGCCGCUGAGGGGUCAGCUGGGGCUGCUGGUGGGGGUGCGGCUGCAGGGGCGAAGCUAGGUGAGCUCAUGGCUGACAUCCGGCGUUGGAAGCUUGACCGGAUGCGGCACCGGGCAGGGGCGGGUGCAGCAGGGAAGCAGGUGCAAGGAGGGGGAGGCGGCGGUGGUGGUAAGAAGGCGGAAGGGGCUGCAGCUGGAGCGGCGGCGGCGGCGGUGCAGGUAGCCGAGUAGUCGCUUGGGCGGUGUGAUGUGUGACCGCUCUGCACAACGCUGCAGAACCUGAGGCCUGGGUUAGGGCUUGAUGUCGGUUGGGGUGGCGUAGAUGUCGUAGGGUGUAGCAGGAUGGUAGGAGCAGACUGCCCGAGGGCGCAUGUGGCAUGUCAUGACGUGUAUAGAGGCUGUGACGGCUUUCAGGACCGCUUACCGGUAGGACCAGCGGCGAUGCACCGGCCGCGCGUGUGGAGGUUCUGUACGACAUCCCUCGCGUCAUAAAAAUGAUACCUGCUGAUAUAGUACAUAUGAACGAACCUCACGCGUGUUGUUUUUGAGUUUGUCCUACAAUGUGUACUCUUGUUCGUUGGUUUGGGUGUAGUAGGGUGGUAGCACCUCAUGGACGGGUUUCCCGAUUGAUACGGUGGUAGCAGACGCAAGCACUCAUGUACGUAUCGUACGGUAGUAAUAUGCAUGUGGGUACGUGUGAAUACCUGCUGUUAAGGCUUUAAACUGGCAUGGCUUCCCGUUACGCGUGCGCAAAGCAUGCAGCGGAGGUCGUAUUUGGUUUUGUACGGUGCAGUGUUUUUGUGUGUGUACGGCAGAUGUUUAAAUAGCGAAUGUGAAUAUGUGAUGUUGUCCUUUGCAGCUUCAUCCCGUCUCCUGCGUUGCACGGAGGCUGCAUGCCAGCUUGCUUCCAACGCUGAACACUACGGUGUAGUAGUUGCCUGACAUUCAUGCAUUUAACGGGCCGAUCCACAUGCGACUCUUCUAUUCAUGGUACCGUCCCAUAUCGGCCAUAUGUGUCGUGAGCAAUGGACAAACGCCGGCCUUGCAUGCUAGGCCGGUCAGAGCUGUAACCUGAAUGCCGACUGUCGUUGCUGCAUAAUUCUAGCUACUUUACCGAACCCGCUGCCAUGGCAUGACACGCAUUGCGGGGUUGUUUGAGUACCAUAGCUAGCACAGCUGGGG